AGUAAAAUAGUUGCUGAAGUUAAGAAAUUACUCCCCAAUGAUACUUCUAUUAAUGUUAUAAAGAGAAGAAUUGCUACAGCUCGAAAGAUUUAUGAUAUCUUCAGCAUAAUUGAUGAAAUUGAGUUUAUUAAAACUGGAGAUAACAAAUCUAAAUUUAGAAUAAAAAGGGAAAGUUCGAAUAUAUGGACAGACUUUGAUAUAUUGCAGAGCAAUGACCCAAAGGGUCUUAAUUCUG